UGAGGACAACGAUUUACAUUAUCAAUAUGAGAAUGAGAAUGCAUCAGCCGAGGUUCAAGACCUCAUCGCAAAGAUGGAAAAUGUAGAUCAUCGUCUUUUUGAAUAUCGUAUUGUCAACCUAUCCGAAAAAAGUCUCGUAGAUCCAAUAAAUAAAGUCUUUUCUGAUGAUGAUAAAAAAAGAAUGAGAAAAUUCUGGGAAGGGAUGGAGCCAUCGGCCAAAGAGAAGCAGAAUACAUCGCGUCGAUCUAGGUGGGAAAAGAGUAUCAAGCCUCUAAUUGAAAAGUAUGCGCUUGCUGUUGAGGUGAAGCCAGAAUCGGUUUUUGAUGAUGAUGUUCAGCCACCAUCAACAAAAAUUAUCUUCGAAAUACCAUUCGAGGGCGAGUUUGAUCUCAAAAAACAUUAUGACAUCACGUUCUUGUUCGACUUAUCUUUUAACAUGCUUCGCGAUGCAAAUACAUUGGAGAUAGCUUACAGAGAAUCAUUCGUUAAUCCUAUAAUUCCCAAGACAUUCGAGGAUGUGAAUGACAAGAUCAGGUUCGAAAUUGGAGAGAUAGAGAGCGCACUACGUAAACAACAUCGAAACCAGACAAAAGGCCAAGAGCCUAGGGUAAUGCUUGGGUCAAAACACGACGGGAUUCUAAAGAUUUAUAUGAAUGCAAGUGAGAUAGAGAUUGGAUUCUUAGAGGUUGUAGGGAACGCAAUGGUUGUGGAUCUUAAAAAAUGUCGUGAAGAUCUGGAGAAAUUGUUUAAGGUGAUGCAGUUGUCAAUAUUUUACCAGCGACAGCACCACCUACGACGUAAUGCAACAGAAGGACAACUUGACUGCCUUCAAAGUUUUGGUGUAUUUGUGUACCAGCGUGAGACAACAAUCUACACAAUGCACCGUUAUAAAGGAGGUUUGCACAUUGUUGACGUCCUUACAAACUUCACGAUUCCGGACAACAAGGACCAGGCAUAUGUGCUAGAUGAAAUCAUAGAAAAAAGCCGUGUAAUGGAUUAUUACCUUAAGUUGCAGGAAAUCUCGCGGAAGGCGCAGAAAUAUACUCCCUCAAAUGAAAAUCCAAUUGCGGAAUUAGAACGGAACGCAAAAGAAAGUGCUAAUAAUGAGAAGCGAAGUCAGAUAGAAAAUUCUAAACUUAAGGGUAGAGUAACAAAACUAGAAUGUGAUAUCAGGGAGAUUAAACAGAAACAAAUUACACCUAUUGAAAACCAUCUCGAUAAAAAGAAUGCGCAGAUCACUGAAUCGAUUUCUAAGGAUUUAUCUAUUUCUCCUAAAAUAAAUUCUGAUGAAUAUCAAGAAGAGGUAGAAUCUCGAGUCUCCAAUUCAUCUUCGACUGAAUUGUCUAUGUGCGGGUCUAAAUCAUCAGAAGAUAAGGAAAUAGAUGAUUUUCUGAUCCGUAAAGACAAGGAAAUGGUUAGUAAUUUGAUGAGGGAGAGAAAUAGGGAAAAGAAGCUUCAACCUACCAUUUCUUCUGAGAGCGAAGCUCAUGACUCGGAGAGUCGCCUACAGGCUUGUUCCGCAAUAAUAAAUUCUACAACUGAAAUUCCCCAAGAUACUAUAACCCAUAGCCAAAAAAUAAUUCAAUCGGAACCUGAAACUUUUAAUGAGCAAGGUUUGAGGUUUGAAUUAUUCAUUUGCGUCAAAAACAAUAGUAAUGGAACUACGUAA